CAAAUGGAGUUUGAGGAUUUGUUAAAAACCAAAACUGCAGUUUUUGUUGAUGAGUUAUAUGUAAGUCAUUCCUCCCUUAUAAAUAAGCCAUUCAUCAGUUAUACUUAAGUCAUUGUUUCUUUAUUCGUAAGUCACUAAGUAUUUGUUAUUUAUAUAUUCCUGUUGUAUUAACUUGUAUAAAUGUUUUAAUAUUUAAAUAAUAAAUCUUCCAAUUGAUAUGAUGUAUAGCUGUUUGUAUUUAAAUAAUGAAACUUCUUACUGAUCGGAUUUUGUUACCACUUCUACAAGUUGCUUCAUUUUCUGUCUUCAUAGCUUCGUGAUUUUAGUCUUGGUGAAACGAUGCCCGUUUUCUCUUCCAUGUCUGUUGUAAAUUGUCAAGUUCAUCAUGAUCUUAUUGAGGUAAAUAUUUUACAGAAUUAUCAUGUUUACACCAAACUAAAUAAUGAAUGAACAUAUCUUCACAUGUAAAACUAGAUCUAUGUCAUGUAAAAGAAGACAUGACAGCUGAUUGUGGCGAUGUCUUUGAAUGGUUAUUGCUUAAGGUUCAUGGCUGCUUAUAUACACAAAACCUAGUCUGAAAAAUAUGGAAUCAUUGUGUGUCCCCCUCCUUGUAACUGCUCUUUUAUGUGAGGUAAAAUCCAAGGUUGUGUUGGGAAUAUCACAUUCCUGAGAUGGAGAGAGCGUCAUGGAUUUUCCUGUGGUCCUAGUAAAAUUAUUUUAUAAAACCAGAACAUCUGUUUAGCAUGUAUAAUAAGGACCCGAGGGUUGAAAACUUUUUAGGUUUGAACAGGAUCUGAUCCCCGGCUGGGUUUGCCAUUCAGCCACUGUUUAACAGAAUGUAGAGAUAAAUAAUUGAUGACCCUGGCUGGGUUUGCCAUUCAGCCGCUGUUUAACAGAAUGUAGAGAUAAAUAAUUGAUGACCCUGGCUGGGUUUGCCAUUCAGCCACUGUUUAACAGAAUGUAGAGGUAAUUGAUGACUGAUAUAUCAUUUAACACAUUACUGUAAAUGGGACAAAUGAGGUUGGAUAAAAUCUAUUAAGGGAGAAAAUGAUUCCUAGUCAUAUGAAUUAAUGAUAUGGCACUAAUAAUUUAUUUAGUCUUGCCAAAGAUAUAUAUAAUAAAUAAUGAAUAAUGGUGCUGUAAUGCAAUUAAAAAAAUCUAAUUCCUAACUAGAUUAGGAUGCACUCGUCUAAUUAAAAAGAACACUUUCAUGUCCGUCAUCAUUUGGAACAUUUACAGCUUAUGUUUUCUUGUUCGUCCAUCAUUUGGAACAUUUACAGCUUAUGUUUUCUUGUCCGUCAUCAUUUGGAAUGUUUACAGCUCAUCCUGUUGUGUCUCUUUGCUACAGGCUCUGGAACUGAAAGCAGAAUUAGAUUACAAUGGAGGAUUUCAAGUAGCCAUUGAUGCUGCCCUCCCCUUUGGUCGCAUGGCUUUUGUUUCUGUGAAAGUGCUCUCGCUCAAAGGCCCACUUCGUCUUCAUUUCACCAAACUGCCUUUUAGCCACUGGUCGAUGUCCUUCUAUGAGGUGAGACCAAACACUUUUGGGUUGCAUUGA